AUGGCAAAGUUCAUCCCUCCAACCACUGGGUGUCGCCGUGGAUGCCGUUCACCUCCUGGAUGUUUCCGGUCAUCCUUCAAAAUGGAGGACGAGGUGGAUGUUGAUAUCGAGGGAGACGAAUUCGAUGCCAAUAUCGGCGAGCAAGAUCCAAGAGGUUUAGUUCAAGAGGAGCCUCUGUGGAAAAGCAAUGCCGGAAUUCUGCCCUGGGAGCUGGACACCUCCAUCAGCAGCGAAAACCGCGAGGCCAUCCACAGGAUGCUUCUGGAGGAGCAAUAUUACCUGAAAGGCCAGGCCAAUCCCAACCAGAUUUGGCCCAGUGAUGUUAACAAGCCUAAAGGGAAAAAUUACCUGUAUAGGUCUCCGGCCAAGAACUCCUCCGCUUCAUCGCGAUGGUCCAAACGGGAGAAAGAGUUGUUUGAAGAGGGGCUGGCUCAGUUUGGGCGAAGGUGGACAAAGAUCGCAAAGUAUGUGGGCAGCCGCAGCGUCCUUCAGGUCAAGAGCUACGCCAGACAGUAUUUGAAACACAAGGUCAGAUUGGACCAGGGUCUGGUGGCUCCCUCUAGAGCUGUUGGGCCGCACUCGCCGCCUGCUCACCCAAGCUCCACCAACACGGUGCGUAUGGAAAAGCUGGAUGAAGACGAGGACGUGGACAUCACCGACGACCUCGGCUGCCAGAGUGGGGCCGAGCCUGAAGCCGGCGUUCCCCCCGCGCCCCUGUUGGGCCUCUUUGAGGAGUCUGCUGAGGAACAAGAGGCUGAAGCCGAAUCUUCAACAGCCUCCAAACAGGAACAAGAAGAGGAGGAUGAAGCUUCCGAGAUUGACAGACCAGAGGAAGAUCAGGAGGAGGAGGAGCUGAAGGCACCAGAGCAGGAAGUGGAGCUGGACGUGGAACGCAUCAGCGAGGACGAGAAGCAAGCCAUCCCGGAGUUCUUCGAGGGCCGGCCUUCCAAGACGCCCGAGAGAUACCUGAAGAUCCGGAACUACAUCCUGGACCAAUGGCUGAAGCGCAAGCCCCAGUACCUGAACAAGACGUCGGUGCGGCCCGGCCUGAAGAACUGCGGCGACGUCAACUGCAUUGGGAGGAUACACACGUACCUGGAGCUCAUCGGUGCCAUUAAUUUCAACUGCGAGCAAGCGGUAUAUAAUCGGCCCCGAGUAUCCGACCGCAGCAAACAGAAGGAGGGCAAAGACGUGCGGGACGACUACCAGCUGGCCCAGAGGCUGCAGCGCAUGCGGACAAGGAAGCGCCGCGUGAGGGACACGUGGGGCAACUGGUGUGAUGCUAAAGACUUGGAGGGGCAGACGUACGAGCACCUCAGCGCCGAGGAGCUGGCCCGGCGCAAAGAGCGGCCCAGAACCUGCAAAAUGUCCAGGCACAGAGGGUCUUUUGAUCCCUUCCAGCUUAUUCCAUGUAGGAGCUUUGGCGAGGAAGUGCAGGAGCCAUUCAGUGUGGUCGUCUGUGCCGAGACGCUGCUCAUUAUGGACAUGCAUGCUCACGUGUCUCGUGGCGAAGUGAUCGGGCUGCUUGGUGGAACCUUCAACGAGGAGGAAAAAGUGUUAAAGAUCAGCGCAGCGGAGCCGUGCAACAGCGUGAGCACGGGCCUCCAGUGCGAGAUGGACCCUCUGUCUCAGACGCAGGCCUGCGACGCGCUCUCCUCUCUGGGCUUGGGCGUGGUGGGUUGGUACCACUCCCACCCGUCCUUCCACCCAAACCCGUCGGUGCGGGACAUCGCCACGCAGGACCAGUUCCAGAGUUACUUCUCCCGCGGCGGCGCCCCCUUCAUCGGGAUGAUAGUGAGCCCGUACGACCCGACCAAUCCCUCGCCGCAUUCCCAAACCACCUGCUUGUUGGUCAAGGAGACCCGAGAGGCUCCGGCACCGCAAAAGGUUCCCUACAAAUUUGACUUCCUGCCGUCACAGGACGUCCCAGACUGGGAUCAGACUUUAAAACGAGCCCUUUGGAUCAUCCACAAGUACUCCCGAACGCCAGGGAGCGUGCACAUGGACAGAUUUUUCCGGAAGGACUCCCACCUCACCUGUCUGGAAAAGAUGCUGUCGUCGCUGGCCAGAUACCUGGAGCCUCUGCCCGACGAGGAGGGCGAAGCCUUCCUCACUCAGAUCCACGCCCUCUUCCUGUCCGACUUCGUUUCCCAGCAGGAGAAGCAGCAGCAGCAGCCUGGUGAAGGCGAGUGCCUGGAGAGGAACUCGCCGAGUAACUCCCCUGCACCCUUGACAUCGCCUGAUGUCGAGGAGGAUCCGGGAGGUGACGAAACGCACUCGAGCAGCAGCAGCGUGCUGCAUCUUGGCUCCGUGCUGUCCACUGGACACAACUAUUUACUCUGAUUCGAGUCUACUUUAUGUAGUAUAUUACAUUUAUAUAUAUAUAUAUAUUUUUUUUUUUUCUACUAGCACAUUUCCACCUUAGCUUUGAAUACAUAAUGCAAUAUACAAGUUCUGUAUAAUGUCUCGUCCAAGCAACGUGCUGAUGUGGUUGCCGUCGAGGCAACAUUCCUUCCAAAGGCAAUGCAUGUGCAGUACUGUACAAUGAAAAUAAACGACUUACUCGUUUCUCUGGCGGUUUUCACAAAAUAUUUUGGUAUACAACAGCAUGUGUUAGUAAUAGAGAAUAUUUUGGAGGGGAAAAAAGCCCCUUAUAUACUUCAUGGUUAAUUUGUUUGGAGUUCCCCUGCGUGCAACACAAGUAAGAGACGGGGUCGAAAGACAGGUUUGUGCAUGGUUUUGCUUGAGCACAGCACGUUUGCAAAUGAUCUCAUUUUUAGCCAUCCACUUUCUUCGCCGCUUAUCCUCAGAAGGGUCACAGGAGUGCUGGAGCCUAGCCCACCCUGAGCUGGUUGCCAGGGCACAUGGAGACAGACAACAGCCGCACUCAUAAUCACACCCAGGGGAAAUUUUGAGUGUCCCAAUUAAUGUUGCAUGUUUUUGGGAUGUGGGAGGAAACCGCAGUGCCCGGAGGAAACCCACUCAGGCAUGGGGAGAACAUGCAAACUCCUCACAGGUGGAGCCGGAAUUGAACCCAGAACCUCAGAACUGUGAGGCCAACACUUUACAGCUACACCACUGUGCCGCCUCUUAUGCUUAUGAUAGCUAUCUUUUUUGGUUAUGUGCAGUUUAUUUUUCUCCUGUACUGAUGGUAAUCUGCUAUUUUUGGGGGGAGGGGGGGUGUUCAGAUAUUUCCUGGAUGCACCAAUGUAUUUUUUUUUAACAAAUACCUGUUUGUCUUUUAUCUGAAGAUUGCAGAUUAGGGUUUUUUCAUGUAUUCCCCGAGGCAAGAAUUUUUUUUUAAAUAAAACACACUAUUAAAUGGUGACCUCUGGUUACUUCUAACAGUGUAACUACAGGGCAAUCAUAAUAUUUUGACAACUUAAAAUAUAAGUCCAAACACCAAAAUAAUUUUGCCAAACCUCAUACAUAAAAAUGUAGACUGUGUGAAAUUGAUAUCAAAUAGGCGACUGCACUUACAAGUUAUACUUCAGAAAUAAGUACGCAAGUAAUUUAUUUGGAGAGAGAGAUCAUGAAAUAUAAGUGAGCGACAAAAUGCGUUUUCUACAGGGCCAGUGCAACAGAUAGGCUUA